UGGAGUAUAUAAAAGGCAGGCUCACAGAGUUAACACGUCAAAGCGGUUUUCUUUUCUGCUGCUGUUAGCCGUCCAACACACUUAGUAUAAUGAAGGUUGCAAUUGCUCUUUUCUUGGCCCUGGUGGCAGUUUCCAGCGUGUGUGGAACAUAUGUUUAUCCUGUAUAUAAAGGCGUCGUCGGUGUGGGUAAGGCUGGCGGUUAUGGCGUGGGUGUAGGAGGCUAUGGCGGCGUUGUAGGAAAAGCUGGAGUUGGUCUCGUCGGCGGUGUGGGAAAAGCUGGAGUUGGAUACGGCGGCGUUGUAGGAAAAGCUGGAGUUGGAUAUGGCGGAGUUGGUUAUGGCGGCGUUGUAGGAAAAGCUGGAGUUGGUUAUGGCGGCGUUGGUUAUGGCGGCGUUGCAGGAAAAGCUGGAGCUGGCCUUGUAGCCCCUGUAGGCGUGGGUGUGGGAGGUUACGGCGGCGUUGUAGGUAAAGCUGGAGCCGGCCUUGUCGGUGGUGUAGGAAAAGCUGGAGUUGGUUAUGGCGGCGUUGUAGGAAAAGCUGGAGCUGGCCUUAUCGGUGGUGUGGGAAAAGCUGGAGUUGGACUUGCCGGCGGUAUUGGCGUUGGUGUAGGAGGCUAUGGCGGCAUUGCAGGUAAAGCUGGUGCUGGCGUUGUCGCUCCUGUAGGAAAAGCCGGAGUCGGAUAUGGCGGAGUUGGUUAUGGUGGCGCUGUAGGAAAAGCUGGAGCUGGUCUUGUCGGCCCUGUAGGCGUGGGUGCAGUUGGUUAUGGCGGCGCUGUUGGCAAAGCUGGAGCUGGCCUUGUCGGCGGUGUGGGAAAAGCUGGAGUUGGAUAUGGCGGAGUUGGUUAUGGCGGCGUUGUAGGAAAAGCUGGAGCUGGUCUUGUCGCCCCUGUUGGUGUUGGUGCAGUUGGCUAUGGCGGCGUUGGCAAAGCUGGUGCUGGCCUUAUUGGCGGUGUAGGAAAAGUUGGAGCUACCAUUGUCGGUCCUGUAGGAAAAGCUGGGCCUGGCCUCAUCGGCGGUGUAGGAAAAGCUGGGGUUGGUCUUGUCGGCGGUGUAGGAAAAGCCGGAGUGGGCCUUGUCGGCGGUGUGGGAAAAGCUGGGGUUGGUCUUGUCGGCGGUGUGGGGAAAGCUGGGGUUGGCCUUGGCUAUGGACUUAAUGGUCUCGGCGGCUACGGUGGUUACGGUCACGGUGGGUACGGCGGCCUAGGUGGACUGUAUGGCCAACAAUUCCGCUACCACGGAAGUUAUGCUGGCAAGUGCGGGUAUGACGGCGUCUACGCCGGGGACGCACACACUCUGGUCUUUUGCACCAACGGUCGUGCCCUGCUUCAGCCUUGUGCUCCGGGCUCUGCCACCACUGGCCUUAAAGUAGGAAAAUACUAUCCCGCCACGGUGUGCAACGUGAACCUUAUUGGCGGCAAAGCUUUCUACGGUUAAAAAGAAGUAGCCAAUAUUCAUCGCCGACCUGCGUGUAAUUUAUAGGAUAUCUGGGCGCAUGAACAAACCGCAUUUCUGUUUGAAAUUUCAAUGGCUUCAAUAAAAA